AUGCGAAGGGAAACCAUUUAUGUGGCUAACGAUCAGUUCGAUCUUGCAUCAGAGGCAGAAAACUCGGAAGAUGAUGAAAUUCCAAUGGAGAUGGACCUCACGACGGCUGGACCACCCAUAUCUGAUGAUGAGACAGAUAUGGAGAAGCCUAUCGAUAGGCAAUCUCAAUUCAUUAUGACGAAACACAAUGAGUUGAGGACCAUAUUUGGGUUACGCGACAAUUUCCAUGAUACAAUCUGGAAUUUAACAGUAGCCGGUGAUAGUUUGAUAACACGAGAGUCAUUCAACGGUAUCGGGCAGGAAUACUUCGAAGCGUUGGUCACGUCUAUGUUUGAUGCGUACCGCAAUCAGUUCAUCAACGAACGCCAUUUGCUGAAUCGUACUCGAGGCGAUGAGAUGUUAUGGACUUAUGCAAACAGUAUCUUCUUUGCCACUACAGUGAUCACAACUAUUGGUUAUGGUAACUUAGUACCAGCCACUCAGUUUGGUCGUGUUGCAUGCAUUGUUUUUGCACUUUUCGGCAUUCCAUUACUGCUGGUCACGAUCGCGGAUAUUGGCAAAUUCUUAUCGGAUUUCUUGAGUUUUCUCUAUCGAACUUAUCGCGCCUUCAAACGAAAGGUUCGUAAACAGUCUCGACGAAUAUCGCACCAUUAUCGUGAUCGCUCCUUAUCACAAUCUCAACAAAGUGGCUCAUCGUCACUUAAAGCUGGCAGCAUCAAUUUGGGCGAUAUCGAUAGUGAUAUUGAAUCAAGCUGUGAGGAUGAACUGCGUAUACCAGUUGUUAUGGUACUAUUCGUCUUGGUCGCGUACACAGCAAUUGGUGGACUUUUGUUUCGCGCAUGGGAGGGAUGGCCUUACUUUGAUGCGUUUUAUUUCUGCUUUAUCACGAUGGCUACCGUUGGUUUUGGUGACAUUGUACCAACUGAGCAGGUCUAUAUGUUCUUCACGAUGGCGUACAUUAUUUUCGGAUUAUCAUUAGCCACGAUGUGUAUUGAUUUGGCCGGUACAGAAUACAUUCGAAAGAUUCACUAUUUGGGGACAAAAAUGGAGGAUGCAAAAGGAGCCGUUAUGACUGGUCUACAAGUUGGUGAACACAUUUUGAAACAUACGGGUAUUGAGGUGAUCCGAACAGCCGGCGGAAAACUUGUUCAAGUCAGAGGAGCGGUGCUAAACUCAAAGCAAGCUCGUGAAUUGGGUGUUGAUUAUAUUUUAGCCGAUUUACAAUAUCAACAAAAAAACAUCCUCUAUGAACCUUUAAGCCAGGCUGUACAACGACUGGUAAAAAGCAGCAAUAUCAAGAUUUUACCAGACGACAUCACCGAGAAAGACGGCUAUAUUGUACAAAACAAGAGUUACGAUAAGCCAGGUGGUAAGCAGUAUAAAUUACUGAAACGGAAUCCGAAUGUAAUACACCGAAUACUGGUACCAUCCGAUGGUAAAGUGGCAGUUAUCGUACCGUUUCUAUUGAAAGAAUCAGAUGUAUGA